AUGACAACCAUUCACCACCAGCAGAUGCUGCAGGAGCACGUGUCCAUGGAGUUCUCCAGCUCCACCACCCACGUGCAGACCUUCUCCCAGACAACCAAGAUCGUGGGAGAGGAAGUCGUGACCAGCAAGUCCUCCAGCACGGUGGAGCUCUUCAGCUUGGUGACCCGGAGUUCCAACAUCCCAGAGGGCGAGAGCGUCCCUGAGUUCGUGGAGAAACCUCACCCGGUCACCUCCCCGGAGGGGGACAAAGCCGUGUUCCGAGCCCGCGUGCAGGGGAACCCCAAGCCCAACAUCUCCUGGAAGAGGGAGAGCGGCAUUCCCAUCAAGGAGUCCGCCAAGAUGUUCUACGACAGCAUUAACAAGGAGCACGUGCUGAAGCUGGAACCACUGACCUCAGAUGACUCCGACAACUACAAGUGCAUUGCCAGCAAUGACCACGCAGAUGCCAUCUGCACCAUAUCCUUGCUGGUGACAGAGGGUCAAGAGAAAAUGGAUUUCAAAAAAAUGUUGAAGAAGAGAGCUCCCCCUGCUCCCAAGAAGAAACAGAAGGUGACAGACGAGAAAGAGAUGCUGGAGAUUUUGUCCAAGGUGCCCAAGAAGGACUUUGAGAAGGUCUGCAUGGAGUAUGGUUUCACCGACUUCCGGGGGCUGCUCAAGAAGCUCAAGGAGAUGAAGAAGAAAGUGGAGGUGGAGCCCAUCCGGAUUCUGAAGCCCCUGGAAGACAAAGAGACCAAGAUCGAUACCACAGUGGUCUUUGACUGCAUCAUGGAGCUAAAGGACCCCAACACCAAGAUGAUAUGGAUCAAGGGGACUGAGCCUCUGAGGAUCCAGUACUCCCUGGGCAAGUACGACGUGAAGCAGAUGGGCACCAAGUACAUGCUGGUUAUCACCAACGUGAACAUGAAUGACGCCGGCACCUACAGCCUAGCCGUGGGUGAUAAGCGGAUGAGUGCAGAGCUCACUGUGCUGGAUGAGCCAUUGAAGUUCUUGGGAGAGAUGAAGCCGCUGAAGGUAACAGAGCGCCAGACGGCUGUGUUUGAGGUUCGCCUCUCCAAGAAAGAGCCCAACUUUGUGUGGAAGUUCAAUGGGAAGGAGCUGAAGAGGGAUGACAAGUAUGAAAUCUUGGUGUCCGAGGACGGUCUGACCCACACGCUUAAGAUUAAGGAUGCCCGACUCAGCGACAGCGGCGAGUUCUCUGCUGAGGCAGGGAACUUGGUACAGAAGGCCCAGCUCACUAUUGACCGCAUCCCCAUCAAGUUUGUGAGCACCCUCAAAAACGUACGCGUGAAAGAGAAGAGCCGCGCGUGCCUCGAGUGCGAGCUGACGUCCAAGGACGUGACGCUGCGCUGGAAGAAGGACGGGCAGCUGCUGGAGCGCGGCACCAAGUACAGCAUGAGCCACGAGGGCAAGCGCGCGGAGCUGGUCAUCGAGGACGCGCAGCUCAGCGACGGUGGCGAGUACACCGUGGUGGCCGUGCAGGACGGGGACCCCACCGAAUACUACAGCACUGCCAUCCUGACUGUGGAGGAGCGUCUGGCCACCGUGAAGAGCGGGAUGUCCGAUGUGCACGCGGCCACUGGGAGCCCGGCGGAGCUGUGUGUGGUCCUGAAUGACGAGAAGGUGGAGGGCGUGUGGCUGAAAGAUGGCAAGGAGAUCACGGACCUCCCGGGCGUGCAGAUCGUGAAGCAGGGUGCGGUGCACAAGCUCAUCUUCCCCAACAUGGGCCCCGAGCACGAGGGCAAAUACACGUUCCGGGCCAAGGGCGCGGAGAGCGAAGCCUCGAUGUUCAUCGCAGAUCCCCCUACGAUCGACCCGUCCGUACUGGAGGCUUUGGCGGCGCACCCAGUGACCGUGAAGGUGGGCCACACAGCCCACAUCAAAGUGCCUUUCCGGGCAAAGCCGCUGCCCAAAGUGACGUGGUACAAGGAUGGUGUGGAGGUGACGGAGGAGGAGCGUGUGUCCAUGGAGCGCGGGGAAGACCAGGCGCUGCUCACCAUCUCCAAAUGCGUUCGGGAGGACAGCGGCCUGGUCCUGCUCAAGCUGAAGAACGACCACGGCUCGGCCACAGCCACCCUGCACCUCAGCGUGCUGGACCGUCCCAAGCCUCCACAGGGUCGGGUGGAGUUCCUGGAGCUCUCUGGUAGCUGCGUGCACAUGAAGUGGAAGGCCCCGAAGGACAAUGGCGGGCGGCCUGUGACACAGUUCAUAGUGGAACGCAGAGCGGUCGGCAAGAAGUCCUGGAUUAAGAUAGGCGAGGUGGAUGGCAAGGUCACCAACUUCUCCACCAACAAGGUGGAAGAGGGGAAAGCCUACCAGUUCCGUAUCCUGGCGGUCAAUUCGGAAGGUGUGAGCGACCCGCUGGAGACAGACGAAGUGUUCGCAGGAAAUCCCAUAGAGCCCCCAGGUCUUGCCUCUCAGCCUCAAGUGACUGAUGUGACCAAAGAGGCUGUGACCAUCACAUGGAAUGCCCCCACCCAGGAUGGGGGAGCCCCAGUGCUUGGUUACAUUGUAGAGCGAAGAAAGAAAGGCAGCAACCUGUGGGUGCCAGUCAACAAGGACCCCAUUCAGGGCACCAAGUACACUGUGGAUGGUCUCUUGGAGGACACGGAAUAUGAAUUCCGAGUUGUGGCUGUGAAUAAGGCAGGCCCUGGACAGCCCAGUAUGCCAUCCAGCUCAGUGGUGGCCAAGGAUCCCGUCAAACCUCCAGGCCUGGUGCAGGGCCUGCACGUGUCUGAUUCCUCCAACUCCAGCAUCUCCCUGGCCUGGCGCGAGCCUGCGGAGGGAGACCCACCCUCUGGCUACAUCCUUGAGAUGCGGGCUGAAGACUCCAAGGAGUGGUCCAAGUGCUCAAAGAUCCCCAUCUCGGGCACCUGCUACACCGUGGGAGGCCUCACUGAGAGGCAGAAAUACUUCUUCCGAAUUCGGGCUGUGAAUGAGGCUGGGGUCGGGGAGCCUGUGGAGCUCGAUGAGGGGGUUCGUGCCAUGCCGCCACCAGCGGCCCCCAAGUUUGACCUCAGUGCCCGGCUGAAGAGUCACAUGGUGGUUCGUGCUGGGACGGCCCUCUGCAUCCACGCAGCCUUCUCCGGCUCCCCACCACCCGACGUCAUCUGGCAGAAAGAUGGCAUCCCCACCAAGGGCCGAGAAACCAUCACCAAGGGCAAAAACCACUCCCAGUUCCUCAUCAACAGCACCAAGCGCUCCGACUCAGGGGUGUACCGAAUCCAGCUCCAGAAUGAGUUCGGAGAGGCGCACUACGAUAUCCGCGUGCGAGUGGCAGAUUUUCCCCGACCCCCAACAAACCUACAGUUGUUUGAGGAGGUCCCCAACACGGUGACUCUGACCUGGAACCACAGCCCCGACGUACAGGAGGACAGUGAAGCCCACUACGUCAUCCUGAAGCGGGAUGCCAGCACCGCCACCUGGUUCACAGCCGCCGACCAUGUCUUCAGCAACAAGUACACAGUGACCGGCCUGCUCCCAGGCAGGAAGUACUACUUCAGAGUGGUGGCUCGGAAUGAAAUCGGCGACAGUGACCCGCUCGACUCCAAGGACACCUGGCUGGUCAAUAAGGACCAGAUUGAGGACCUGAGUGCCAAACUGAAGCCCUACCAGCAGAAGGACUGGCGCCAGGCACCGCGCUUCUUGACCCCGCUCAAGCCACAUACAGUGCUCCGCGGCCAGGACUGCACCAUGACCUGUGCCUUCCUUGGGAACCCGCGGCCCACGGUGACCCUCUACAAGGGUGACGUCAACAUCACCGCCAACUCCAAGUUCUGGUACAACUCCACCAGUGGCGUGUGCACCCUCGUCAUCCCCACCUGCACGCUCAAGGACAGCGGCGAGUACAGCGUGCUGGUGGAGAACGAGUUGGGCAAGGACCGCAGCAGCUGCACCCUCACAGUCUACGACAAAGAAGACAAGACGAUUCUAGCCUCCAUCACCGAGAGUCUGCAGAAGAAGUCAAAGCACCUUAUGUGAGCUCUAACCCAGCCCAGGCAUCAGGAGGUUGGCGUGAGACAGGCUCCUUGGCCUGGCCCGUGCACAGCCCCAGCAGCCCAGCUUGCU